AUGUCUAAAACCAGCCUCAAAAUCAUCCUCGUCCGCAUCAGCGCCGACCUCGCCGCCACCGUCCAGCUCUUCAAAGACUACGUCGCCUGGCUCGACAUCGACCUCGCCUUCCAAGCCUUCGACGCCGAACUAGCAAGCAUGCCGGGCAAAUACGCCGCGCCCUCUGGCGAGCUUCUCCUCGCACGAGAUACUGUCGGCAUCGCAGUAGGCUGUGUCGCGAUACGGCCGUUGAGCUCCGGAUGCUGCGAAGUGAAAAGACUAUGGGUAGCGCCGGCGGGCCGGGGACUGGGUGUUGGACGGGCGCUUGUGGCGGCUGUUAUAGAGGCGGCGAGGAGGAGGGGUUAUGGCGAGAUGAGGCUGGAUACGCUGCCGAUGAUGGGUGCGGCGAUUGGGUUGUAUGAGAGUUUGGGGUUUGAAAGGUGUGAGAAGUAUUAUGAGACGCCGAUUGAGGGGACGGUGUUUCUGAGGAAGGUGUUGGGGGAAGGGGUGGAGGAUGGGAAAGAGAGUGAUUGA